GUAAGUUCAGAUACUGGCUUUUAAUCUUUGUUCAACUGUUCUUGCUGUUUGAGUUUAGUUUCUGAGCUAUAUGAUACCAGAUUUGGACUUAGUUAAGUUUGCUUCCUUUUAUCAAUUUGUACUGGCUAUUAACAAUUUCCAUUUCCAGCUGAUUAGGGUUUCAAUUUUUGAGGGUUAAUAGUUUCUGUUACUGUAAAAUGAUAAUGCAAUUCAGAGAGUUUAAUUUAAAUUUGGACUUUUAAGUGAAGUUAUAAAAGUUCUAGGGGUCAAAAAUAAAAUGUUAGAAAGUUAAAGCAUCAAUAUGAAUUUUUGAUAGAUAGGUGGCAGCCCAUUUAAGCCACAUGAAUUUGUCUUCUCCUCCGGCAUCAAAACAAAAGGAAAGGAAAUAAAGAAUAAUAGUAAGAAAGAGGAAGAGACUAGAAAGCAUCGGGUUUUCAUGUGGAAACAGGGGAGAGUUUAGAAGCAGAGACCCAAAAACCAUGAAUUUCACUAUCGAAACCCUCCUAUUCUCGACCAUUCUUAGUCACCAAGCCCUCACCUCAUCGUCUUCUUUCCUCUAAACUGCAGAUUUUGUAAUUUCUCCACCCUAGAAUUUCAAUUUGAGAGAGGAAUUGAGUAUCAUAACUGCUGUCUCCUCCCACCCACGCUAUAUUGGCACCACUGUAACUUUUGAACCUCUUCUUUCUUCUCUUUGGCUGUCAUUAAACCCUCGUCAAGUGUCCUUUUGAUCUGAGAAUUGAGGAGGGAGAGUGCAGACUGGGGGAAACGUACCUGUGUUUCAAUUCAUCAAGUUUCAACAAAAUUCUAGCGUGGUGGCUGCCCCUAGUGACUGCUUUAACUUCACUCCUCUUAGCUGUUCAUGGGUGGUUGGCUGUGAUUGAAGUUCAUGACCCACGUGUUGGCAAGACGCUUAUGAACAACAAGCCCCAAAACCACUCAAUUCUUGAAGUAUUGAUGCCCAAUUUGCUAUGGGUUGUUGGUGGCAUGAGAGGUAUUAGACUCUGAAGUUGGCACCUUGAUAGGCCAAAGUGGUGAUAAAGAGCAGUGGGUUUGUGCAGACUUCAAAAAGCUAUGUGCUUUGGAUGCGUGCGAAUUGAAUUUGCAAUCUUUUGGAGAGUUUCAUGUGUAGUCUGAUUGUCAUCGUUCUUGUUGGGAAUUUGUGAAGAUGGAGUUGGUGCUUUACUUUUCUUAAUUUCUUAUGCGGGAGAAUUCCCUUGUUUGCACUAAAAUGGUAAACUAUAAGUAAUUGAGGAUUUGAAAUAGAUUACUUGCUGUAGACUUGAAUGUGGCUGUCCAUUGUAAUUCUUCAAUAUAACAUUUUGGGGACAGCAUAGAUAGAUAUUUCAUAUCAGAACAAAGGGCUUCUCUGUGAAUUUGAAAGGCUUCUAGUUUUUCCCCUUCAAUACUUCAAGAUGCAAAGAGUUCGUAUGUCAUCUGAACAAGCACCUGUACAUAAGCUAGGGGAUUCCCAGAUGGCAUUAUCUCCUAAGUUUAGAUUAGCUAUGAUCCAAUCUUCUUUGUUAAGCCCUUCAUCAGAGCUGGAGUCAUCUCUCCAAGGCGAACCCUUAAUACCUGGGCUUCCUGAUGAUGUUGCCCUUAACUGUCUUCUCCGGCUUCCAGUCCAGAGCCAUGCAGCCUGUAGAACAGUUUGCAAGCGAUGGCAUUUACUACUUGGUAAUAAGGAGCGGUUCUUCACCCGUAGAAAGGAACUUGGCUUUAAGGACCCUUGGCUCUUUGUCUUUGCUUUCCACAAAUGCACUGGGAAAAUUCAGUGGCAAGUUCUAGAUCUUACCCACUUCUCAUGGCACACUAUCCCAGUAAUGCCCUGUAAGGAGAGGGUCUGCCCUCAUGGAUUUAGGUGUGCAUCAAUACCCCUUGAUGGUACACUCUUUGUUUGUGGGGGCAUGGUCUCUGAUGUGGAUUGCCCCCUUGAUUUGGUCUUGAAGUAUGAGAUGCAAAAAAAUCGUUGGACUGUGAUGAAUCAAAUGAUUGCAGCCAGAUCAUUUUUUGCAAGUGGGGUAAUUGAUGGGAUGAUAUAUGUAGCUGGAGGAAACAGUACUAAUCUUUUUGAGCUUGACUCGGCAGAAGUUUUGGAUCCUGUCAAGGGGAAAUGGCGCUGCAUUGCAAGCAUGGGAACUAAUAUGGCAUCUUAUGAUGCAGCAGUUCUUGAAGGGAAGCUUCUUGUGACAGAAGGCUGGUUGUGGCCAUUUUUUGUCUCUCCUAGGGGUCAGGUAUAUGAUCCAAGAACUGAUAGGUGGGAGAAUAUGGCUGUUGGAUUGAGAGAAGGCUGGACUGGUUCAAGUGUAGUAGUCUAUGGGUGCUUGUUUGUGGUUUCAGAGCUUGAAAGGAUGAAGCUCAAGGUUUAUGAUGUGGACUCCGAUUCCUGGGAGACAAUAGAAGGGCCUCCUUUACCAGAGCAAAUUUGCAAACCCUUUGCUGUGAAUGCCUGUGAUUGCAAAAUCUAUGUUGUGGGUCGGAAUCUGCAUGUUGCUGUGGGUCACAUCUCUAAGCUCAAGCAAAAAGGCACUUGCGAAAAAAAGUGGAGCUUCAGUGUUACAUGGCAUGUAGUAGAUCCUCCAGAUACUUUUUCUGACCUGACACCCUCAAGCUCUCAGGUUCUGUAUGCUUAGCUUUUCUGUGAUAUUUGCAUCUUGUCUUGCAUGCUAUUGAAUAAAUUGUAACUAUAUGUAUUUGUGAAAGCUGUAGAGUGCUAAUGGCUGCGUGUAGAACAAAUGUAUCAAUUAUAUGGUGGUUUCCCAGUUCA